AAUAACUGAUCCGAAAGAAACGAAAAAAGCGGAAGAUCAUGCAAACUUACACUUAAAAGCUAGUUUUUGCUUCUUUAUUUUUUUCUCCUUUUUUCAAAAUUCAAUCUCUCACUUCACUUCACUCUUUCAUUUCAUUCAUUCAUGCUUUCUCCUUCAUGGAUUCCUCGCUCACUAACCUACUUCUCUUCAACAACACCGUUCAACCAGAGUUGAUGAGAAGCGUGCAUGUGUACCGUGGUGAAUGCGAUGGAGAAGAAACGGAAGUUGAACGAGAGUUUGUGUUUUCUGAAACUGCUUCCUACGUUGAAAUGCAAGCUACUCCGAUUUUCACAUUGUUGAAAUCUUUUGUGUGUCGAGAAAUUUCUCAAGGGGAUAAGAAUGGAGUUUGGCUUUGUGUUUUUGCUUUUCAUGCUUGUAAUUCGCCUCAAUUUUCUCACAUUCCAACUCUCUUGUUGGUUACAAGAAAUCCAAAGCUUCUUGCUAUUCCAAACUUGCUUAAUGAUCUCCAAAUGAUAUACAAGUUGAACCCAAAGCAGGAACAGAGUGAAAUACCAGACGACUCUACAAUGGACGAACCAAAAGGAAAUAACAAUGAAUGCAAACCAGCGAAAAAAGUCUCGCUGGUGUUUGAACAAGAUCUCAAUUAUCUUCCUUAUGAAAAAGAUGAGCCUGAGUUAUUGGAUGACGGGACAGAUUUUGAAAGUUCUUCAGGUUUUGUAGGAAAGAAAAAGAGGGCACCAAGUUACCAUGUAGCCAAAAUUACCUUAUCAGAUUUAGUCAAGUACUUUGAUAUGCCAAUUGCAGAAGCGUCAAAAAAACUAAAUGUUGGCCUUACUGUUCUCAAAAGAAAGUGCAGAGAAUUUGGUAUUCCUCGCUGGCCUCAUAGGAAGAUCAAAUCACUUGACAGCCUCAUUCAAAAUCUUCAGGAAGAGGCAAAACAUCAGGAAAUGGAGAACAAAGCUGCAGCAAUGGCAGCGCUAAAGAGGCAAAAGAUGUUGGAAAGUGAAAAGGAAAACAUAGAGAAGAGGCCUUUCAUGGAUAUACGAAGUGAGACUAAGAGAUUCAGACAAGAUAUUUUCAAGAGAAGACACAGAGCUAGAGUCAUUGAAAAACAGAAUUCUACAGUAGCAAGCACUUAGCACUUUUCUCUAGAGUCAAACAAAGAGAAACAAAACCACAUUUUGCAAGUUGUAGAUUAACACCAUACAACUCUUCUAAUUGGUCAUUGACCUCUUAUAAUUUUGGUUUGACUUGUAUGUGGAUUGCAAUGUCUAUAGUCAACAUAUAGUAUCUUUAGAGUA